ACCUUCCCAAAGUUCUGAAUGUACACUUUUUUGUCGAACAAACAAGGUAGACUCACAUAAUUUAUCAUGAGAUAUUAACAUCAAUAACACACUCUCUGGCUCUAAGCAUCCAGUAAGAUACCUAAAAUCUGAGUUUUGCCUAAAAACAUAAGGUAUUUUUUCUGUCAUGUACUGAGUGCAUGAAGAAGGAAUAAUGAUCACAUGAUGGCUGUUGUGAUCCACAUUCAAAACUUUCUGGGCUAGACUCUCUCUCCUAUCUUUAAAUUCUUUCAAUAGGAAUCCUGGAACAAGCUUUAAACAACUGAAUUUACUUUUUGACAAAUUAUAAUAAAGUAAUCAAGUGACAACUUAAUAUACUUACUUCUCCAGGUUUCAGCAAAUGUGGGUGCGAUUCAGGUGUUGGCUGACCAAAUGUUUUUUUUCUCUGUAAUGUAUUUUCAAGAGAAGCAAUCUGAGUGAAUUGACGGCCAAUUUCUACUUUUGCUGCAGAAUGAGAUGUGCUACUAAAGAAUGAAGUUUCUAGAAAAUAAAUUAAAUAAUACACAAGAUUUAAAAUGGCAGACACUUUAUUGGAUAAUUGAUUAGCCAAUGCAUAUAGAUAAUUUAUUUAAAGUUUCACCAUUUCGUAAAAACUUCAUUCGUAAAAAUUUUGUGCUUAACUUCAUCUUGACUCUUGAACCUGAACUGUAACCUCUUAAAAAAUAAAUAACCUCCCUUUGCCGCAACAUGUGAUUGUUUAUUUUCCGUUGGGUUUCUUUCAGGUCCAAAGUGUAAGGCUAAUUCAAUGAACUUUCAACUGAUUCCCGCCAGUCUUUACCUGUAGAGUGAAGUUGAUCUUUGCAGACGUAUUUUUAUCAAUCCGAGCUAGGAUUCAUUUAGUUUUUUACUUUCGAUCUUUAUUUAGUUUUUACUAUAUAAAUUACGAUGUGUGAAAUCACAAUUCCAUCAUCCCCAAGUUGGUAUUUUAGUAAUAUUCUUGCUUGUAAUGACGAAGGAACUGCUUUAGCCUAUGGUGCUAAACAUGAGGUCGUAAUUCUUCGUCAAAUUUCUAAUAAUUUAAAACCAUGCGAUGCUCAACCAAUAUUUAUUCCUAUGGCUCACAAAGACAAAGUCUCAGCAUUAGCUUUUUCACCUUCAAUUAGCGAAAAUUUCAAAGAUCAUUUAGUUUCUUGUAGUGAAGAUGGUACAGUACAUGUAUGGAACUGGCCAUCUCAGUUUCUAAUACUUGCACAUUCAGGACAUCCUGAUAGCCAGAAGUUGAUAGGGGUUGACUGGUCAAGGGCAGAUCCAAACUUGAUUGUAUCUGUAAGUGAAUUUUGUUCAAUUGUUUGUUGGGAUUUACCAAGUAAUACUAUUCGAAGAUUGAGUAUCAACACAAAAAUUUCCCCAGUUUGCAUGUCUUGUUGCCCGCAUAACAAAGAACUGAUUGCAGUUGGUGCCAAAGCGGGCCUAAUUGUUAUUUACAAUAUUAAAGGCGAUGGUUUUGUUACUUUUCGAUUAAGAGCUCAUGAAACUGAUGUUGUUUCUUUAGCUUGGUGUCCAGCACCUAAUAACAUUUUUCAAAAGGAUGGCAGUGAGAAUACUUACCUAUUGGCAUCUGGUGCAAAGGAUCGUAAUAUUUAUUUUUGGCGAGCUGGAACAGAUGGUAGAUAUGAAACAUUUAUACAGUUGCCUCCUACACCUCUUGCUACUACAGGCUACAGGUCCAAAAAUGGCGUUGGUGGACAGGGUAGCCAUUGGAUUUGUGUUAGAUGGCCUGAUGCUAACACACUUGUUUCAAGUUCAUUGUUUGGAGAACUUAUUUGUUAUGAUUUAGAGCAGAUAUCAAAUUCGCCAGUUUCUGAUAAAAAUGUCCCUAAAGACAAAAGAGGCAAAAUUAAAGCAGUAAGAUUAAUCCAUGGCAAUCACUCCAAAGGUCUAUUUAGCAUUGCAAUUCCAUAUGGUCUCAAGAAAGAAGGUGAUGAUCGCAUGGUGUGGACCUAUGCUCUAGAUAAGCGCCUGAUUGCUAGUAAAUUGGACUCUUCCAAAGUAUUGUGCAGCAUGGCGACGAUUGGUGGUAUUGUUUACUGCAUGGCUGUUUGUCCUCUUGAUCCAAACAGGAUAGCCAUUGGUACUGGUGAUAAUAGAAUUUUAGUUUGGAAUAUGAGUAAUGAUUCAUGCGAUAAUAUUAUAUGCCUUUGGAACAAAAUAAACAACAAAGUGAUGGCUGUCGCUUGGCAUCCCACUUUAGAAUCAGUUUUAGCUUUUGGAACUGGAGAAGGAAGGAUUGGCUUAGUCGAUGUGGACAAUACAACAAAGCCUACAACUUUGCUAAGGCUUUAUCAUAGGAAAAGUGUUUAUUCUCUCAUCUGGGGUCCACCAAUUAUUGAUGAAAUAUUCGUCAAAGGUAAAAAAGCUCUUUCCUUAUUUUCGGUUGGAGAUGGAGACAUUUUACAAUAUAAUCCAGACACACCAGACAAAGAUCCUGUUAGUUUGAAUCCACUUUUUAAAGCUUGUGACAGCAUAGCAAAGGUUAGCAAAUCCUUAGGUCGCACUGACUUGGCUUGGAACAGCAGUAGGUCUUUGGCUGCAAUUGGAAAUGACAAUGGGGUUCUAUAUAUUGUGGAUGGAAAAGAUUUGUCGCAUGUUCACACAAUAUUUGCACACAAAAAACUUGUUCAGUGUAUUGUGUGGCACCCAGCUACAGUUACGUCUGAAUCUACUCCUUCACCUUAUGCUUCAUGGCUUGCAUCUGCCUCUGAUAAUAUACAGAUAGUCAAUGUUACUACAGCUGGUGUAGAAGUCGUAGCAUGCUUAAGUACUCACAGUGAAAAAGUUGUCAGUUUGGCAUGGAGUCCUCAUUUCAAUUCCCGCCUUGUUUCUGCUUCCUAUGACUACACAUCACAGGUGUGGGAUGUGGCAUCAGGAAGUGUUUUGGCUUGCUUUGAUGGUCAUCAUAGCGCUGUAAUGUGUUGUCUUCCCAGUAUGCUUCAUCCAGAUUGUGUUAUUACUGGCUCUGCAGAUUCUACUGUUCGAUUGUGGAAUGUCAACAAAUAUAAACUUACAAAAACUAAAACAAAAAAACAGCGUCUCAGUGGUGUUUUGAAGAAAUUUGCUGGUGUUCAAGAAGCUAAAGAUGCUAAAAAUUUGCUUGACCUUAGAGUUCCUCCUACCACCAAUGGAUUUAAAAAUGACCUAAAAGAAGAAGAAGGGCCUCAUAUUACAGCGAGUAUACCGAAUGUGGAUCAGGUUAAUAAGCACAAGAAGAACAAAUCAAUGUUUCCUGUUACUAGUGGUGGAACUUCUCAAGCAAAAUAUCUAAAUGUUUUAUGGUCACGUAUUAGGGGUGAACCGCCUUCAACUCCAGAAGAGAGUGAUUAUGGAUAUCUAGAUUUUUUUGGUGACACUAAUUCUAUACGUCGCCUCCUUAACGUAGAAGGAAAUCAUCAUAAAACUACAGGCAAUGUAGCUUAUACUCGCUAUUUAUCUUUGUGGUCUGGUAAUAUAUCUGAAACAAUAAAGGAUGCUAUCUGGAAGAAGGAACUAAAUGACCAUCUUGUUAGCCUUGCUCCAAUGGUCUCGCACAAAUUGUGGGUUGACUGCUGUAGAAGUUAUGCCACACAGCUUGCUGAAAGUGGAGACAUUUAUAAAGCUGUCAGUUACUUAUUAGCAAUACACCAGGUAGAAGAAGCCAUUGAACUUUUAAUGGAAAGUAAAUAUUUCCGCGAAGCUGUAGUCCUUGCUAAGUCAAGAUUUCCUACUUUUGAUCCAAUUGUAAAAAAGGUGCUAGAUGCUUGGGCUGCUCAUUGUAUUUCUACUGGAAUGCUAAGUCUUGCAGCUCACUGUGUCCUGAGUAAUGGAUCUAACAUUGAGGCAGUAGAAAUACUUUCUCGUAGCAAAGAUAAUGCUUUUAUUUCUCUUGCUGCCGAGAUAGCUAGUAAGUCAGAUGCUCAAGAGAUGGCUGUUAGCCUUGCUCUAAGAGCUAUAAAUGGUUCUCUAGAAAAACUCGAUUUUGAACUGGCAAGGAAAACAUCAUUACAACAUCCCCAACUGAAGGAAGCUGUAUGUUGGAUUGAAAUAUGUUCGCUCAUCACAGUGUGGAAACCACUUUCUUCACCUGAGGCUAUUUCUUGGAUUUGUAGUGAGCCUGACUUAAAGCACUCCAGUAUCUUAGAGAAAGCAUGGAAACUCACCGAGGGUGUUUCAUAUAAUAAAUUGAAUCGAUUCAUGCCUAAUAAACCAACAGAUGAAUCUGAAAACAAGGUUUGGGUUUACAUCAGUGGUCAAUUAAGCUUGGCUGGCUGUAGCGAAGAUGAAAAUAUUUCAUUGAGGCAUGUUGUAUUAGCUGUUUCAGCUGCUUAUAGAUAUCAUGUUCAAAACCCAACCAGCUCAGCACGCAUCUUUUUACAGUUGUGUCCUUGGCUUUCGCCUUCAGGUCCACUUGGUGAUAUAAAAGUUUUUGAAAAAUGUGAUAAAUCUCUUAAAGACAGUCUACACACAUUUUUUGCAAGUUGUGUUGUUUAUUGGCUCGAAGAAUUAAUCAGAAAAUCUGAAAUUAAUUUUAAUGAAUCUACGGUCAUUAACAAGAUUAAUGAUAUGGUUAAAGAGUGUGCAAAACUUGUAUUUCAUAAGAACAUUUUGAACUAUUAUAAGUAUGAUGUUGAGCUCAAGAAACUUGAGAGUUCCAUAGCUGUGAAUAAAUUAAAAUUGUUAAAAUCAAUGAAAUAUUGUAAAGAAAUUGAGGCCAAGCUUCAAGGAGAACCGAAUGCAACGACAAAUUGCUCUAUCUCUUCUGAUACAAGUGGAAGCUUAGAAACUCAAGACUUGGCUGCUAGCAAAUCAUCAGAAGAAACUUCUACUGAAAAAACAGAAGAUGAUGCAGAGAAAUAUAAUAAGUUGAAAUCUCUUAAAUCAAAAUUUGAGGAUGAACGAAUCGAUUCUCCUAAUCCUUUUAUUUUGUAUUGUACAAUGAGGAGUUUUAUGCAAAAAUUAAUGGAUCACAAUGAAAAUAGUCGAGAAACUAUGGAGAUAAUUUCUAAUGAAAUAGUUGGUAAAAGUUUUGAGUGAUAUCUAAAUCCUGUAUACCGGCAGAGUGCAUAGUGCCUUUUUGAUCUCUUCUCUGAAUAACAGAGAUUAAGUUUAAGAUCCUAAUUUAAGUUUGUAUUUUUUUAAAUUUCAAGUGAGAUUUAUUUUUAUAUUUGUACAUCUCUUUAAGAGCUAUUAGUUCCUAUUUCAUUGCCAGUAUUAUGUAAUUUAUUUAAUUACCUUGUUUAUUUUCAGUGUUAGUAUUAGCCCGUUUUUUAACUCAUUACUUACUUAAAUACAUGUAAAUUGGUUACCAAAA